CAAACAGAAAGCCCCUUUAGUCAUAAGGACCCGCAGAUAGAUAAACUGAAAUAUAAAUUUAUCACAAUUUCCGUAAACACGAGAGACUGGCUGACGAUAAAGCAUCAGUUUGAAAAUAGACUAAAUACGUAGCUGUACGUUCGUAGCUCAAUUUGCAAAAAUGUGCGGCUCAUACGAAGAUAGCAAUGAGAUCGUUUCGAAAAACAGUAAUGCAUCCACGAGAAGAACAUUCGCGAUUUUGGUGCUUUUUUCUGUGACACUUUCCUCCCUUGGAAUCAGCUGUUUUGCUCUUCUGACUGUGCAAAAAUUAUCGAACGACUUGGACGCCCUGAGACUUGUCCUACGAAAAAGUCGAGCUGAACCCACUAAACGACAUGCCUAUGAUCUUGACAACACACAGCGGGCUGCUCUGGCUGUUGGUCCUAUCUACGAAACUCCAUCAGAUGUGAAAACUGCAACGAUACACGAUUUACAUAGACUAAAAAGAAGUUUGGAUGCAGAGGAAUUCGAAACGAAGCCACAAAAUUUCCAUAUACCUUUUGGAGGAAACUUGGAUUCAAGGUCAGAAAAUUUCAAGAAAAUCUCACCUAUAUCAUUUGAGAACAUUCAACUACCACCGUAUAGCAAAAAAACUACUGAUCCUCCCAAUAACGAGAAUAAGAUAGUUGAAAGUGGCACAGCAAAUUCCGAAGUUGAAUUCACCAGGGAAUUUCAAAGUGAUAAACGAAAAAACUUCGACAUUUCCUUUAAAACUUCCAUCCAGAAGAAUGAAACAGAUAUGCCAGCUGUUGGAAAUGUGAAAUUGAUCUCGAAUAUUGCAGACAUCCAAGGAACUGUGAAUAAUUAUGCUGGAUCUCCAGAAAUUCCAAACCCUCUAAAGAAAGAUGUCGAAUCGUUCCUACCAAUGCCAGUCAAAAAUAAAGUCACAGAGAAGCACAAUAUACAUCGUAUUUUCCCUUUACCUCAAAACCCUGAAAUACCUUCAAUUAUUGGCGAAGAACAGAAUCAUAUGGAUCACCAUAUCGAAAAGAAGGCUGUAAAUUACGAUGAUGAUGUUGAAUCCUUCACCCCUGAAUAUAAUGAUUUUAGACGUAGACAAAGAGGAAGAAGCAAUAAUGGAAAUCAGCUGGAAAUCAUAGAUGAAUUUUCUCCACAGGCAGGAAGGCUGAAGUCCUUGAAAGCUGUCCACAUAAAUGGAGAUACUUCUCAAUAUAUGUUAGGGAUUCAUACUAACUAUAGAGGUAAUGGUCAUCUACGCCAUGCCCAAAAAACAUAUUUGGAUUGGAAAAUGAGUGACUGGGUCGAAACAAUUGGUGCUGAUCGCAGUUUUUAUCUGAAGAAUGGAGUGCUGACAGUUAAAGAGUCUGGACUGUAUUUAGUUUAUGCUCAGAUUUCUUAUUUGGACGAGCACGACUCUAAUGGUUACUUGGUGCAAAGGAAUUCCGAAAAUAUCCUACAAUGUAGAGUAACGGCACCUUCUUCAGAGAGGUUACUGAAGGGCAAUACUUGUUAUACAGCAGGUGUCGUAUACCUGGAUGAGAAUGAUAGGAUUUCAAUCGAUGAUAUAUCUGAUGGAAGAUUUACACUAUUCGUUCCUGGAUACUCAUUCUUUGGAAUGAUCAAAUUAGGAGAUGUUAAGGGAAAAUGAAUUAUGCAAAAUUUCAAUCGUAUUUAUUUUUGUAAUUAGUCUUCUAUAUAAAUAAAUUAAUAAAAUUUUUAUGUAA